UAUGCCUCAUGACACAUUUCUUAGAAUAUUAAAAAAAGGACCAUUCCAUAUAUCUCUUGCAAAAACUAUUGCUUGCCAUUUAAUUAAUAUUUUAGCCACUCUACAUAAUCAUUCAGUUGCUCAUUGUGAUAUAAAGCCAGAGAAUAUAUUAAUAGCUGCAGAUUAUAAAGUGAAACUAUGUGAUUUUGGAUUUGCUAGAAUUACAUAAUAAGUAUAAAGACCUCCUGGUGGUACACCUGGAUAUACAGCACCAGAAAUUUAUAAAGGAAAUAAUUUAGAUUUAUUUAAAUGUGAUAUUUUUGCUUUAGGUGUUGUAAUAUUUAUUGUUGUUAUGGGUUUCCCACCAUUUUAAAGUAAUGAUCCAGCUAUGAGAGAUUAAUGGUGGAAUAUGAUAUUGAAUUAAUAAUAUGAUGUUUUUUGGAAGAAAUGUGAGUAAUAUAGAUAACAAAAGUAUCCUAUAGAGUUUAAAGAAAUGAUUAUGCAAAUGUUGGAACCUGAUCCUGAUAAAAGGAUUAGCAUUCCAUAAUUAAUUUAACACUCAUUUUUAUAAAAUGGAGCAUCACUUGAACUUAUUGUUUAAGAAAUCUAAAAGAGAACCAGAAAAUGA